CCUCGCCCCCAGGCCAUCCCCUCAGUCCCGCGGCCGCGCAGCAGCGCCACAGCGCAGCGGCCGCGCAGACAGAAUGGCGGCUCUUUUGGAAUGUGUUCUGUCGCAGAAAGUGGACACCGACACGGUCACGGCCUGGUUGAGGAACCUCCAGGAGAACGACAAGCUGUCAUUCUGUAAACCCGGGCUGACGGUUCACAAACAAGAAUUUGUCCCGUUUCUUUUAAACUUCCUGCGAGAGCAGAGCAGUCAAGCGCUGACCCACGGUCCCGCCACACCCGCCAAGACCCCCAGCCGUCACAGGCCUGCUGCAGCACAGACGCACGGCUUCUCUGACAGGAGGGGCUGCAGGUCUGCUGGUGGUGAUGGUGCCGCUUCACGGAGCGCCAGCCGUGUCCAACUGUUUUCCCCGGCCACGCCGGUGUCGCCUGAUGCUGCUGGUCAGUCAGAGUCCCAAUGUCUUAGCGGGGUCAGUGCUUUCAGCAGCCCUUCCUUCACCACGACAUGGAGCCCCGCGUCCAGGCCCUCUGGCUCCGAGCGCCGGUCCGGCCAGAGGAUCAGUCUGGGGGACUACAUGGUUUCUCCUCCGGACAUCCAAACACAGAAGGGCCGCAGGAGGAGUGGUGGAGGUAGUGGUGGUGGUGGCAUGGCUGGACAAGGGAGACGUGGAGGACAUCACUGUGAUGAAAACGGACGAUGGGACAGUGGGGGGAGGAGGUCAGGUAGAGGAGGAGGGCAAAAUAGGAUAAGCGAGCAGGUUUCACCUCCGUCUGUCGGGCAGCUCAACUUCAACAACUUGGAGGAUUUCCCUCCUGUUGGGUCAUCAUCAGUUUCCCCAGUGCCAUCCAAACCAUCUAGAAGAAUAAACCCAACACCAGUCAGUGCAGAGCGGCCACAUUCCAAACCAAAGACCUGUUUCACCUCCACACCGUUCAGGAAGCCUUCUAGUCCCCCGUCAGGGGUCGAGGCGCUUCAGGGGUUGAUGACGACGGGCAGUCCACUGAGCCUACAGGAAGAGAGGGAACUACUUAAGAGGGAGAAGACAAAGCGCGCCCAGCAGGUCGGCUCUCCUCAGCCCUCCUCUCUGGACCCUUGCACCCCGACAAAGUCAGGGCUUAGGAUGGGAUCUAAAGUUACACCUGACCCGCAGACAACUUGUCCGGAACCAUCCAAAGUCACCUUCUCCUUGGAGCUGGAUGUCUUGGCGGAGCUUUAUUGCACCUGCAUUUCUGAAAAUCUGGUGCCGAACAUUUUCCUGGAGCUUUUCUUUGUGGUGCAGUUGUUGACGUCUCGGUCGCCUCACUCCCACAACGAUGAUGAACAGGAAAGUUUGUGUGCUGUAAAUUCAGAUGUUUUGGAGAGUUGUUACCUAAGACAAGUACACAACUGUGUGUAUUUUGCAGUAAAGGUUCUGGAGAAUCAGUUUCAGCUGGUGGCUCAUUUGGACAAGUGCACAUUGCGUCUGCUGGCAGAGAACGAGAGGGUGGCGUCUUUCUCUCCAGACCUCCGGGACCGUCUCACUCAAGCCCAGGACAGAAGCACAGCCAAGCUUUCUCCCUCCGUUUCUACUUUCAUUCACUCGGUCCCGUUCCGUCCUGCCACAGACAACAGGUCCAACUUCGGUAGUGACAAGGCCUUCCACACCUUUAAAAAACAGAGAGAUAUUUUUUAUGAAGUGCUGCGAGAAUGGGACGACUUUCACACGGAACCAGGAUGGAACUUUGAUGCCGCUUUAGGGAGUAGGAUAAGAGGAAUGAUGAACCAACUGUCCGCUGCUGGAAACCAUUCUCAUUUUGCGCGUCUGUUCCUGAAGCAGCUUGUUCAGAUGUGUAAAGGCCCCCGUGUGAACAGCUCCCCCGGGGACACCGCUGACAAUGACCUGCUGGGUAUGCUGGGAGCUGACGGCUUGGGGCGUCUGAAGCGUCUGGAAGAGCGUCUCAUUCAGCCUCAUGGUGUUGUUGGACCCUGUCCUCCUCCUUCCUUCCCUGGCCACCAGGAGUUUUUCAGAGACUUCUUGCAGGCGGCCAGUUGCUGCCAGCUGAACCAGCACCUGCAGGACAGCCUGUGUCAGCAGCUCCUCCAGCUGGAUGAGGUGUCCAUCCUGAGCCCCGCUGCUUCCACCGCGGAGGGAGAGGAGGAGGGAGACGGGGACAUGGAGCAGCAGGAUGAGAAGCAGCGGUUCACCUCAGUGCUCCUCCUUGCUCGGCUUCUGGCUAAGUUUCUCGGAUUCAUUUCUUUUCUGCCUUACCAAACAUCUGAGAGACCAUCCAGAGAGAUUCAAGAGGCUGCUGUAGCGCUGCGCAGCAAGAGCGUUCCAGUGUUGGAUGUGUGCGCUGUGCUGAGUAACAGUGUGAAAAGGAGACGCACCAUCCUGACUGUCCCCUGGCUGGUGGAGUUCCUCUCCAUGUUGGACUUUGUCGGCCCCCUGCUGCUCUGCUACAGGACCACGUUGGGCACACUGCUUCUCCUGUACAGGAAAAUGUUGCUGAGCAGGUGUGGAGAAAUCUGUUACCUGAACAAGCUGCUGAUGUUGUCUGUGCUCGGGUGGCUUUUCCAGAUUCCUGUGAUUCCCGAGGACAUUUUCUUCACCAGUGAGUUCACGGUGGUGGCUAAGCUGGAGGAGGGCACCACAAGUGGUGUAGGACUCGACUGCAUUUCUCUCGUGGAUCAGCAGCUUCUCUAUACAUGUUGUCCAUUUCUUGGUGAGUUCCGUAAGCUCCUAGCUGCCUUUGUGUCUGGAAGCACAGCCAAAAGUGGAGGAAUCAUCCGCAAGAUCACUCCCACUUCGGCUGAGCUCAGGGACACACCGGCUGCCAACCGGUCGCAUCAAAAACUGCAGGUGGACCUCGAGCAAGCCUUCUUCCACAACCAGCCUCCGUCGCUGCGUCGCACCGUGGAGUUCGUAGCGGAGAGAAUUGGAUCCAAUGGCGUCAAGCACAUGAAGGCUACGCUGGUGAAUGAGUUGGUGGAGAGAGGAGAGAAGAUGCUGAGAGACGGACUGGAGAUGCCAAACUCCAAUCCUUCAAAACUGAACGAGUCCAUCUGCGCUCAGCUGUGUGAUGCGGGACUGGAGGCCCUGCCGAGAGCCGCGAGAUUUUGUUGUGAGAAGAGUCCUGAAGCCAUAAGAAUUCUCCUCCCUGAUGAAACCUCUGCAGCUGUCCUGACCACUUCUGAAAAUAUCACCCAACGUAUUGCAACAGAAAAAGCCUGCAGCUGGCUCUCCACCAACAUUACAGCGCUUAUUAGGCGCGAGUGGAAGAGCAGAUAUGAUCGUGUGAUGAAGACUCUGGGUAGCCCAGCGGCCCCAGACUCGGGGGAUGUUGAGCGGCCUGUGGUCGAGCUGGUCACCCAGGAGCAGUCGACUACUCCCAGGAGAAAACACAGAAGUGAGAGAGUAAUGGCCUGCCCGCCACACUGCGGCCACAGUGCUUCACUGCCCUCAGACAUCCUCAUUGAGAUGAAGGAGUGGUUGAGCAUCGCAAUCGGCCCCAGGACUGAUGGGGAACUGCCAACAGACUUUCAGCUCAAAACGCUGCUGCAGCGAGUGGGAGACACUCUGGCCUGCAGGAAGUUUUCAACUGUGCUGUCGGAGCAGAUGCUUCAGAACUCUACCGUCCUGCUGGCCUGCAAACUGGUGUCCGCUGAGCUGCCGGUGCUGUCUCUGUCUGUGGGCGGCGGAGGAGGGUGUGAAGUUCUUGCGGGUCCUGGUGCCGGGUCAGAGCCUCCUGUCAGAUCGCUGCUGGAGCAACUUGCUGAGCUGUGGGAGAGAGACUGCUGCUCCUCCGCCCCCCUGCACCUGCUCUUCACCGCGCUCACCGUCACUGCUGUGCUGAAGGCCAGCGACACCGAGUGGAACAACUAUCUGUUCCUGGUUCGAAAGCUGGUUGACAGAGGAAUCCUGGGCGAGGAAGAGGUCAUAUCUCAUUGGAGGAAACUAACAAACUUGGCCUUGCUGGCGGAGCUGAUAGAGAAAUUUCAGCUGCAGUCACAGAGUAUUAAACUCCCCUUGCCUCUGGCUGAGUUACCAAGUCAAAUGGACACACUGCAGGUCUCACAUCAGACAGUGGAGGGCGCUACGUGACAACGAUAACACCAUCCAAAUUUCCCAUGACAACCUUUGUGUGAUCACCACAGCGUUUUAAGUCGCAUCUGUCAGUAUGUUGCUCAAGAGAGAGCUUCACUUCUGUGUGAAUUCAUGUUGUUGACCAUCUUUACAGUUGCCAUUUCUGCGCAGCCCAUCAAAGCGGUUGCCCCGUCGGCCUCUGCACAGACGUUGCGAGACUUUAGACUUUUUGUUCUCCUCCUUCUUGUGAAGUGUCAGCACAGCCUUUCAUGAAUCCCUCUGCUCUUUUGCUAAGGUGCUGGUGAGAACCAGAAAGCCCUGCCAGUCAGUGGUAGUAGCAAGGGAGACCUCGCUGUCUCUUACCUUAGAUCCGCGGAACCUUCCUGCAAGCAAACCUGUACACGACCGUGUCUGAAGGGAAAUGCCAGUAGAUCAAACCUUUCAAACAGUCAAAACCAUAGCAGAGUAUGAGCAAAGACAGGAGAAGGGUGCCUGAGGUGGGCAUUUUUGACUUUUUGCAGCCAACAAUGUAAACUGAGCAACUUUGCUGACACAUGAAGGCAAUAACCAAAUUGAAAAUGACUGCAUAUCUCUAGAGUUGACACGAGAUCCAACCACAACAGCCAGAUUCCAGAGUCUUUGUUUUAGACAAGUUUUCUAAAAAUGGACUAAAACAAUUUUGUUAAUUUUUAGACCCAACAGAGAAGAUUAAUGUCUUUAUUUUAGUACAGCACUUUGACACACUGCCUUCGACCGCCACCACUUGUGAAUUGCAUUUUUCUGUCAUGGAUGCAGGACCGCAUUUGUGAUUAUUUUUGUUCAUGUUAAAUGAGCGCCAUAAUUCUCUGCUGCUUUUAACUUGAAAUAUUUUUUAUGUCGCCGCAAAAGUUUAAGAUGUAAUAAUAAAGAUGUAUUCUAGUUUAAA